UGUUCCUUCCUUCCUUGCAAUACUACUAGAGAUGUCCGGCAACAACGCAGAAUACCGAGAAGCCUUUGCCCUCUUUGACAAGCGAGGCACCGGCCACGUGCCCCGUGAAUCCCUUGGUGAACUUUUGCGGUCCUUGGGUCAGAAUCCUACCCAGGCAGAGGUUGCCGAGCUCGAGAAGACUGUCGGAGCCACUUUCAGCUAUGACGAAUUUUUGGCGGUGUUGAACAGGCCGGAUGGAUGGAAGCCUGCCGGCACUGCCGACGAGUUUAUCAAGGGAUUCCAGGUCUUUGACAAAGCUGGAAACGGGUUCAUCGGUGCCGGUGAACUUCGCUAUGUCCUCACCCAGCUUGGCGAGAAGAUGACUGAUGAGGAAGUGGACGAGCUGCUCAAGGGCUUCCCUGUCCAAGACGGCCAGAUCAACUACCACUCUUUCGUCCGAUCAAUUCUCUCUCAAUAAGAAUGGGAGAGGGAGAUGGAGGACGGAAAUGUAUUCUAUUCUACUUGUUUCUUGACGAACUUUAACGAUGCAAUCUCGUGCAAACC